CAAAUCCAAGCUCUGCACAUAUAAAGCUAAUCGUCUUUCGCAUGCAGCUAGAUUAACACUCAUAAAAUCUGUAUUCUCCUCCAUUCCUGUCUAUUACAUGUCGAACCUUCUUUUCUCAAAAAAGUUUCUAGCUAAACUGACAGCGAUUAUCAGAAAGUUUUGGUGGACAGGUGUUCAAGAUGAUCAAACAACUAGAAGUCUUUGCCUACGGGCAUGGGCUGAUGUUUGUAUCGACAAAAAUAUUGGUGGUCUUGGUAUUAGAAAUUUGCAGGCAAUCAACCAAGGACUCAUCCUCUCGGCAGCUUGGAGAUUGGCGAAUGAACCACACAGCCAGCUAGCUCAGAUCCUUAAGGCCAAGUACCAUCCAGAUACUUCCAUUUGGAGAGCGAAACCAAAUAAACCUAAAUCAGCCUUCUGGUAUGCAAUUCUUAAGGUUUGGCGGGACAAGCAGCUGGCACCAAGAGUCCAAACCUUUGCAUGGAGGCUACUUAGGAAAGCGCUCCCUACUGGUAAGAGGGCGAGCAGGUACUCAAAGCAUAUCAAGGAAAACUGCUCUAGAUGUGGCAAUUUGGAAGAUGAAAUGCAUAUGCUAUUCUUGUGCCCUUUUUCUAAGGCUGCAUGGUACAGUUACCCUUGGUUUAUUAAAACUGAAUUUAUUGCUAAACAUCAUCCGUCGGUUGCUGAUAUGAUUACUCACUUCUCAACAUCCUCAAAUAAACGUUACUACUCUUUACACAUUCUUGUGGUGCCUUUGGAAAGCACAAAACGAUACUUUAUUUUGCAGGAAAGUAAGCAGGCCUUCACAGAAGCAGGUCAAUGUCCUGGCAAGGACAUCCUUUCUGUAUCUAGCGUGGAUCCUUUCACGCUUAUCUCUGUAAAAUGCACAUAA